GGCCUGUGUGUGUACAUAACAGAAGUUAGAGACACCUCAUCACUUAUCACAACCACGCACGUUAAUCUAACAUAUUGAAACCGGUUUUCCUUACGUAUACCGAAUUUGGUCAUAAUGAAGGUUUGCAUCGCAAUAGCCAUCCUUUCCUUUGUUCAUCUGUCUGUACAACAACCUCCUGGUGUGCCACCUCAUCAGGGACAGCCUCCUCAGCACAUGCAACAACAACAACAACAACAGCAGCAGCAGCAGCAGCAGCAGCAGCAUCACCAACAGCAGCCGCAGCAUCAACAGCAGCAAGGAGGACAUGGUCACGGGCAUCAUGGAAAGCCUCUGGAGUUUUCGUCUGAAGUGCAUAAUGCAGAUCACAUCCUGGAGCAUCUGGAGAAGGUGGUGUCCACCAAGUCCAAAGACCAGAUGACGGAGGAGGAGCUGGAGUUCCAUUACUUCAAGCUCCACGACUAUGACAACAACAACAAACUGGAUGGAGUGGAGAUUGGUAAAGCUCUCACACAUUUCCAUGAUGAGAACGCAGCCGCUAACACCAAAGUGUUUGGUGACGAUGAGAUAUCCAAUAUUGUGGACUCUGUGAUUCAGGAUAACGACGAGGACAAUAAUGGCUACAUCGAGUAUUUUGAGUUCAAGAGGAAACAAGAACAGUCUAGACAGGCACAGCCGCAACAGGGCCAACAACAGCAACAGCAACAACAGCAACAGCAACAACAACAGCAACAGCAACAGCAUCACCCGUAGUGUGUUGGCGUGUUUAGCUAUAGCCUUUAUGGUUUUGAUUGUCAUUGGUUGUUUGUAUGUUUGAAAUGUUUUUGCUUCGAUUAGACAGUUGAUCUUUACCGCCAUGAAAUCCUGUUCUUGUUAUGUCAUUCUCUUACUCUGACAUCUCUUAUACAAGUAUACACGUUUUUGUAAACAAAAGAGUAAGUACGAAAUGUAUUCUACUUUUGGUGGUAAUUUUUAUUUUUAUAGUUGGUUUCGCACUUACUUUUGACAUCACCCUUUUACUAUUUUAUUUCAAAAUGCAAUUGAAUCAAUAUGAAUAAGUAGGAGACGCUUUUUGUUUCACGUAUACAGUUUUAGAACGAUCAAAGUAAGAACAGGUUAGAAUAGGAUGAAACGGGUUGGAAAGAUUACAGAUUUAACAGUUGUUUUGUUUAAUUGUUGUGAAUGAUAUGUCUGAGGGAAAUUGUAUUGGUGGGGAUGUAGAACGUGCAAAUAUAUCGAGGAUGUAUUUCUUUGGUAUUUUUGUUGUUGAUCUCUUAUUGUCUCUCUUUUAAAGAGUUUUUUUUAAUGAUUUAAGUUAGGGUUUGGCGUGUGUGUUAAUUUUGAUUUCUUCCGAUUGUAUUUGUGAGUCAUGAUGCCAAUAAGGGCCAGUAGUUCUGUAUGCGUUAUUGCAUGCUACCUCAAAUAGUAGAGACUUAAAAACUGCAUGUUUUAUAGCAAAAUACAUUACUUGUUGUGUAUUCUCCAGCAGAUUGAGUUGUAUUUUUUAUCUGUCUGUUUUGUUAUGUGCUGUCCAUGCAGGUUGAUUUUUUUUUCAGCACAAUGUCUCAUAAAGUUAAGAGUAUCGGUGACAUGUAGAUGCAUGACACAGAGGAAGGAAAGGGUUGGAUUUUUUUGUUUACUCCCCAGGUUUUGUAUUAACACUCCUAAUAAUUCUUUGUAAGUAACAUUCCGAAGACAAAUGUUUUUAUUUAAUGAGAACCUAGAGAUACAUUCCACAUCUAUGGUUGUCCCUUGUGAUUGCUUAGUAAUUGUUGAAAUAGAUUUUUGCACUCCUGUAUUUUUUUUUCCAGAAGUGCCCAUUUUGACAGCUUUUUUGGAGGUCCUGCCUUUAAAUGACCAAACCCUGUUGAAAGGGAUGGGAUCUCACACCAUGUCUACAAAUGUAUCCACACAGUACUGUUUUUCUCUUAAAAGUAUUUGCCAAAAAAUUUUCCCUUUGUCGAAUUAAUUCAACAUGAAAUUUAUUUAAUUUUUUUAAUAUUUAGACUCAAACCACCAUUCCUAAUUUUGUUGUGCACAGAUGUUAUGUUAAGAGCUUAUUACCUGUUUGAACAGUGUUCUGGAUGGUUGAGGGAAGCUUCUUUAAAAAAAAAGUCGAGGGCAAGUACUUUGUUAUUUUAUUGGGGAAUUAAGUCCCGAUGUGUGUGACAACUUGAUGUGAUUUGUUUGAUAAUGAUAAUUGCUAAAACAUUAUCAGAAAUGUAACUUACAGUAUCAAAAUAUAGACAUCAGUAAUGAAACUUACAGUAUCAAAAUAUAGACCAUGUUGAUAGAACUUCUUACAAUUUUUUUACCUCACAAUUGGAUUACUCGUGUACUGUUGUUUUUUUUACAUACUUUUUAUUACACAUUAUUAUUAGUUCACAAUUAAUCAAAAUGUUUCCUUUAAAAACGCUUGGUAGUGUCACGAAAUCAGUUCUAUAUCCUUGGCUUCUAUUUCCUUACUAGGAGACUCUAAGUUUUCCAUUUUCUUGUGCCUCUUUCCUGUACAGGACGUUUGUGGCUAAACUGUUCGCUGUUAUGUUCAAGAAAUAGGAAUUUGAUUUUUGUUUUAGAAGAUUUAUUUUGUCUAAUUUCUCUGUUUUUCUUCUUUAGUGGAAUGAUGUAUUUCUCUCAGCGCAGGUUGGCUCUGACAGACAAGGUGGAAGCAGCCUGCUGCAUCUAGAAUAUAUUCAUGGGGCUUUAGAACAGUUCCAAUAAUUUUGUGUAGGUUUCUUAUACAUCAGUAUAAGGAACAGGUUCUGAGAUGGAUUAUUUCCUUUCAGGAUAUAAAAAAUAUUUCUAACAAAUUGUGACUGGUUUUUGUGCAGGUGAACCAAAAGUUUGUGUACGCAAAAAGGAGUCAGCCUCUUCAUUUACAUGUUUUCUGUCGUCUAUUGCUUUCAUGACCUUCAGCUUUUUAACAAGUUUUCUUUACCUUUAAUGCACUAAAAGCUAAUGUGUUGUUUCAAUGUUAUCUUUAAGAGCCAGUACAGACUAUGUUAAGUUUACACAUGGUCUUCCCUCAGCAGCCAGAGACAAUUACUUUGAACUGUAAGCACCUACAUAGUUUCCAUGUCCGUCGUAGCUUGCAUUUAUUUGCUGUUCAAUGCAAUGUCAUAGCUUUGUAGGCAGUGUGUCUAAUGUGUGAGCUACAUUUUACGAGCAGAUAUAUUCAUUAUAUAGAACAGAUGAUGGCUUGACUGACCUUGUUGGAGUGUACUCACCGUAAAGAACUACUGUUCAUUCCUUGUGCUUGUUACAUUUAAAGUUGGUAUUUGAUGUGCUCUGGACCGUUAUUUUCUUGUUGUUUUCAAUGGCUGUUUUUUUUUGUUGUAUAUCAAAAUUCGCUCUGAUAUGGGGGGAGGGGGGGGGGGGGUUCAGGGCUUUCCUUCUACUCACUGAGAUGGGUAUUAUUUUUCAAAGUCGUGCCACUUAAAUACCUUGCAGUGUUAAAAGAAGUGUUUAGUCCAUACAGUUUUUUUUAUUUUUUAAACUUUAACAAGCUGUUACUUCUGUGAUUAUUACUGGAGCUGUCUGUCAAUAGUGCUGUUGUUUUACAGGACAAGUAGAAAAUAAAACAUGAUAAUCAAAACAUGUGGACCCUGACAUUCUAUUGUAAGUCAGAUUUUGGAGGGUAAAGUGAAUUUUUGCAGCAAGGAAAUUACCUGAAUGCAUCUAAAAAUGUUUACGGUAUUAGAACUCGUGUGCAUUCCUCUUUGUUGAAAUCAGGCCAUAUGAGUCUUUCUAUAGGUCUCUUAAACAUGAGGUCUGAAGUGGGACAAAGAUUGUCUUGAUAAAGGCAUUUUUCUUCUCUUAUUUAUAUUACCACUCAGUUAUUUCUGUAUAAUGUUUUGAUUUUUCUGAGGUUUAAAUGACCCAUGACCGCUAUUGUAUUUCACUUCUUUCAGCUUUGAAAGAAAGUUAAGUUUGGUCUACUGUGUAAGGCAUAAGUGUUGUGUGAUAAGGACAUACUACGCAUUUUGUUUUGUGGUUACUUUACACCCGAAACUCACAACUAUCAAAACUAGUCCCUUAUGGUUUUUUCUGAUUUGUUUUAAAGUUUAUAAAGAUUUGUGUUGUUGUUUUUAUUUGUGUCCAUGACAGUAACAUGUGGUGGUGGAUGAAUAUUUAUUUACAGAUUCAUAUAUUACAAAAUUGUGAUUCAAUGUGAUGCCUGUCGUUGGUGAAAAUGAUUAAUCUCAUUUUAUGUUCUAGAAAAGUUUUCAAGUCAUGCCUCGUUUGUUUGCUUCGAAAGAAUGUCUACUUUUGUUUUAUAUGUCACAGUUUAUUUUUCCAUUGUUUUUUUUGUGAGUCACAUUUUCUCUUGUCUUUUCUUUUCCUUGUGUUUUUAAUUUUUAUGGGAAUGUCUUUGUUGUGUACUUGUAUUACGUACCUGUGUGUUUAUGUUUGUUGUGUGUAGUUUUGGUGGGCGCUGAGUCGAUUUACCGCCUCUACUUCUCACCUGUGCUGUUUGCCAUUAUGUAUCUGUUGUCCCUCCACUCUACAACACUAUUUUACCAUGGUUGUGGCUACUUACUUCUCUUUACCCCAGACUCUUUAUUUGCCACCUGACGCUUGCUUAUUUAAGUUUUAAAAUGUAAUUCCCCCCAAAAUUGAAACGUCUUUUAUUUCCCUUUUCGUGUUGAGAAACUGUUUGCUAACAUUGCACUGUCAGUUUUGGUCGAAUGUCUCGUGCAUUUGUAUUUUGAAAGUUGACCUUGUCACAGAAUGAUGGUGUGUGUGUGUGGCUGCCAUGAUGCCUCCACAGUAUGACCACGUGAUCGUCUGGCCUUGUUCUUGUCUUGUCCUUGUUGCUUGAACAUCUGACAAGCGUGUGUUCUGGAAUUUCGAGAAGUAUUGGCAAGGUGGACAAAAUAUGAUCUGACAGCUGUGCUGUUUAUGACGUGACUUGUCUCAAGUGUAUAAGCGAAAAAAAAUAUAGCGUCAAAAACUUGCACCUAAUAAAAAGCAAGUGGUACUUUUAUAUUUAACAAACAAAAA